AUGACAUGGUAUUCCCAUUCCCCUUUAAACUGGUGCGCAAAAGAAGAGUACGUUCGUCAAUCCUCUUAUGAAAUCACCUCAGCCCAAGCCUUAAAUUCGAUUAUCGACAAUGUAAAUAACCUCAUCGCAAUUCUAAAAGACCCUACCGACACAACUUCUCUCCGAGCUGGUAAAUUUUAUAUAGAUUUAUCCAAACUAGAGCACGAAAAAGUCAGCAAAUACGUAGUCGAGGCUUCCCAAGCACUUAUGAAGAUCGCAUCUGAUUACAAUGUCCCUUUUCAUACCUCAAUUAUCACAACACUCCUAAAGCCAGAAGAAGAACCGAAAAUAUCAACACCCCAAACGAAUCACCUAGUUUCUUCUUUUAACGUCAAAGAAGAAAUUUCCGUCUUCCCAGCUCUCAAAGAACAUAAACAAUUUGUAGAGGUUACCCCUCCCGUUGAUAAUGAGUGCAUAGCAAUUGGAAGGGCCUUUAACACUUUAGAAGAAGCAGCCCAGGCUUUUCAAGAUUACGCGCUUAAAUGUGGAUUUAACAUCUGUAAAGGAAAUAGCAAGAAAGAUGUCUACCAAGAAUAUGCCUGCUCUGCGAGAGGGAAAGUCAGAAUGAGAAAGAUCCAAGAUCAAUCAAAGAGGAGAAACAGAAAAAGUAUCAAGAAAAUGUGCAAAUGCCAUAUCAUACUGAGACUAAAAGCAAAUGUGUGGGUCAUCACUAUGAGGAAACUUCAACACACACAUGAUUUAUUGACAAUAGACGAAAUCAAAAAAACAGCAAAAAACAGAUAUAUACCUGAAGACAUCAAAGAAAGAGCUGUGAAGAUGUAUAAUGAUGGAGAAACCCCAGCGAAAAUCCAAUACCAGUUAGAAAGUGAGCUCGGAGACCUCUGCACGUGGUCUAUGAAAGAUUUAUACAAUAUGCUUUAUAGAAACAAAGACCCAUCUAUCCAGGAGUCUUCUGAUAGCUCUUAA